AUGGGAAAAUCAGUGAAGCGUGUUUCUGGCAAUUUGCAUCAGCCUGCACCUUCAAGGCAGAAGGUGAUGGCCGAUGCUCUUACUGCUGCUGGACCAGGAUGCUCUAAAGCAGGGCUGGCAAACUUUGUUCAUUCUCUACAUCAAAGUGGGGUUUUGGAUUCCAAAGUUUUUGGUGAGGAAGGUUCCUACAAUCCAAGGCUAGCCAAGCAAGAUUUUACUGACUCGGGAAGGGACCUGAUUGAAAUCCACACUCCUUAUGGAGACCUCGUUCAAUCGAUGGCAUUGCCACUAGAAGAUCCAAAAGAGGAACUGCUUUUGAGAUACAUCAAUCCGUUUGCUUUCUUACACCAUCUUUCAAAAAGUGAGACUGGGUUUGGAGAGAUUGUGAAGGCUUACCUCAAGAACCAAACGAACAACUUGAUGAUUUAUUUUGAUGAAACAAGACCCGGAAAUGUUCUUCGUCCAGAUGCUGGCCGACUUGUUCUUGCAGUUUACUGGUCUCUGAAAGAAUUACCCGAAUAUAUUCGAUCGAGAAGUGUUGGCUGGUUUCCCUUCACUUUCAUACGGAGUAAACUGCUUGCCCGUCUCCCUGGAAAGGCUUCCAAUUUUGCUGCGAGAAUUCUACGAUUUUUUUUCAGUAGCGACAAUUUCAACAUGUUGACAGGGGUACGUUGUGAAGUGAACUCUGAGGAUAUCUUUGUCAAAGCCAAAUUCUGUGGUAUCUUGGGGGAUGAAAAGGCAUUGAAAGAAUCACUUGGAGUUACUGGGUCAAGUGGCACAAAGCCAUGUUUCAAUUGCAAAAACAUUGGAAGCAAACACAACGACCUUUCAGACCACGACUACUUUGUCAGCUUGGACUGUUCGAAAUUUUCCGACUUGGACCUUCACACCGAUUCCUCGUUUCGUGAAAUGGCCGAUCUGCUUUUGUUACAUGACAGGGACCCUACCAUGACCAAGAAAAAAAUUGGCAAACUUCAGCAGGUAUUGGGAUUGAAAUAUGACAAAGACACCCUGUUGUUUCAGCCGGAUUUGAAAGAUUUGGUACAACCGAUAUCUUGCACCAUUUGGGACUGGAUGCAUGUUUUGGUGAGUCAUGGGCAAGCUGACGUGGAACUUGGGCUUUUCGUGCAUAAAAUGGUUUCUGAAACUCGAAUUAGCAUCAAACAACUGGAGGAUUUUGUGCUGCAAUUUGAGGGCUUACGGCAAUCUGGUGGAAAAUUCAACCGCAAUUUUUUGACGAGUCGCUUGAAAAAAGAAGGUGGCCCGUUCAAGGGUUUCUCUGGUGAACUUUUGGACCUUCUCCCAUUGGUGAGAACAUUUGUGGACAUGGUGCUGGUACUUUCUGGGAAAAUGCCUACACACAUUGAGUCAUUCAAAGAACUCUGCAAAAUCGUGGAUAUCAUGACCAUGGGUGAUGCAGCUUGUGCCUACGUGGCUUUACUCCGGACAACAAUUGAAAAACACCACGAACUUUUUGUUGAGUGCUAUGGUUUGCCUGAAUGCAUACCAAAGUUUCAUUACACGAUGCACUUAGCACAUGUGCUAGAACGGUUGCAAAUCAACCCAAGUUGUUUUGUAACAGAGCGCAAACAUUCACUUUGCAAACAAAUUGCUGGCAGAACCUUCAACAAUUUUGAGAACACAAUUUUACAGGAAGUUCUCCGUCAAACCCUGCGAGAAUACCAUGCAGAAGGGGCAAUGGAUUUGGAAGGGUUGGCAAAGGAUGUCCCCUUAGAGGAUGAUGAACUAUUGGAGCAAUUUCACGGUGGGUUUCCUCAUUUGACCAACGUUUUUGCAAACUGUUCUGCCAAACUUGGCAUUGGAAACAUCAAACGGAAGGAUUUGGUGUUGUUGGAGCUGACCGGGUUUCAAGUGGGAAGAAUCGUGCUUUUUUUCAAACUCGUUUUCAUAGCUCAAAAACCACAGUUCAUGGCUCAUGUGGAACUUUUUGAAAAAAAAUCAGAGUCAGAGUGGAAGUCUGGAGAAAUCAGACCUAUGAUCGUACCUACCAAGUGCAUCAAGGCUAAACUGGCCUACGCACCAAUUUCCGAAGAAACAGUACAAAUUGUUGAACCAUGGUUGAUCCGCCCGAUGUGAGCACACAAAAAAACCAUCAAUUGGAGAUGGAGAGUUGGG